AACAAAAAUCAAACGCUAAUGGUGUAUGUAAACAAUUGUACUGUGUAAAUAAGCAUUAAAUGAUUUUUUUGUAUGAACUGUUGUUAAUGCUGUAGUUUUUUCAUAACUAAAAUUUGAGGAAAUACAAUGACAACAUGAAAAAGGAAAGAACUGGAGAUAACUGCAGACCCUUCAAAUUAGCCCAUCAAAUAGUGAGUUUAACUGGAAUAAGUUUUGAAAGGAAGAGUAUUAUUGGCUUUGUGGAGUUAACAGUUGUUCCUUUACGUGACAACUUACGCAUCAUAAAAUUAAACGCAAAGCAGUGUCGUAUUUAUAGAGUUAUACUGAACGAUGAUUAUGAAGCACAUUUUCAAUAUUUUGAUCCUUUCUUGGACGUAUGUCAAUCGGAUACUGAGACGAGAAGCUUGGAUGCAUUCUCAAAUUACCACCUGGCAGCAGCUUUAAAAGUUGAUCCCGAUAACAAUGCAGGAGAAUUAGUAGUUACUAUACCACCUGAGGCUUCUCACUUGGUUGCGGAAGGUACUGCCUUACGAGUUGGUAUAGAAUUUUCCUUAGAACAGCCGCAGGGCGGAAUACAUUUUGUUGUUCCAGUGAAAGAAGGAACGUAUGCAGAGAGAGGCGUCCAUAUGUUUACAUAUGGCCAUCAGAAUUCAUCAAGACUAUGGUUUCCUUGUGUAGACAGUUUCGCAGAGACCUGCACCUGGAAACUGGAAUUCACCGUAGACGAAGAAAUGACCGCCGUAUCAAACGGCGACUUGAUCGAGGUUGUUUACACCCCCGACCUGCGUAGGAAAACAUACCAUUACUCGCUCAACAUACCCACCUGUGCUCCGAACAUUUCUCUGGCUGUCGGACCGUUUGAAAUUUUCGUCGACCCGUACAUGCACGAGGUCACUCAUUUCUGUCUGCCGAGUUUGCUGCCAUUGUUGAAAGUGACCACCAGGUAUAUGCACGAGGCGUUUGAGUUCUACGAGGAAACGUUAUCUAAUCGGUACCCGUAUUCUUGCUACAAGCAGGUUUUCGUCGAUGAAACUCACGAAGAUUAUAGGUCGUAUGCCACUAUGAGUAUAAUGAGUGUAAAUUUGCUACAUUCCGCCGUUAUAAUCGAUCAAGUGUAUAAUACAAGGAGGGCGAUGGCGCAGGCGAUUGCGGAGCAGUUUUUCGGUUGUUUCAUUUCGAUGCAGAACUGGUCUGACAUGUGGCUGAACAAAGGUAUCAGUCAGUACCUUUGCGGUCUGUACUGUAAGAAGUCGUUCGGCAAUAACGAGUACAGGCAGUGGGUUCAAAGUACACUGUUGGAUGUGGUCAAGUACGAGGAGGAGUUCGGAGGGAUUGUAUUGGAUUCGAGUCAACCGCCGGCCCCGCUUCCAGUAGGGGGCAGCACACCUCAGACCACCCAAAAAACCACCGAGGAGAAAUUUUACUUCUCCAUAAGAAACUUGCACACGCUCUCUCCGAUGUACAUCGAAGCCCUUCACAAGAAAGCGUUACUUGUGAUGAGAAUGUUAGAGCACAGAAUCGGCUUAGAACUGCUGCUACAGGUGUUCAAUAAACAGUUAUCGUUGGCCACCAACGCCGCGCAGCAGAAAAUCGGCAGCGGGUUAUGGGGGCACAUGUUGAUAAGCACGAACGUGUUUACCAAAGCCAUUUUCACGGUGACCGGCAAGGAUAUGAUCGUGUUCAUAGAUCAGUGGGUGAGGACGGGGGGUCACGCCAAGUUUCAUUUAACUUCGGUGUUUAACAGGAAAAGAAAUACGAUAGAAUUGGAAAUAAGACAAGAUGCGACGACGUCUUUAGGCAUCAGGAAAUACGUCGGUCCCCUCUUAGUAACCCUACAAGAGUUAGACGGUACUUUCAAGCAUAACUUGCAGAUCGAGAAUACCGUUGUGAAGGCUGAUAUAACCUGCCACUCGAAGAGUAGGAGGAACAAGAAGAAGAAGAUCCCUUUGUGUACGGGAGAGGAGGUCGAUAUGGACUUGAGUGCCAUGGACGAUUCUCCCGUUCUUUGGAUUCGUCUGGACCCGGAAAUGACCCUGUUGAGGUCCGUGGUGAUUGAACAGCCCGAUUACCAGUGGCAGUAUCAGCUGAGGCACGAAAGGGACGUUACGGCGCAGAUGGAGGCUAUCCUCGCCUUGGAAAGGUAUCCCACGCCGCCUACCCGUCUCGCUCUUACCGAUACUAUCGAAAACGAACAGUGUUACUACAAGGUUAGGUGCAGGGCGGCCCACUGCUUGACUAAGGUUGCGAAUGCGAUGGUAGCGAACUGGGCCGGUCCCCCGGCCAUGCUCGCCAUCUUCCGUAAACUCUUCGGCUCCUUCGCGGCCCCCCACAUCAUUCGCCAGAACAACUUCCAAAACUUCCAACAUUACUACCUCCAAAAAACCAUCCCGCUGGCCAUGGCCGGGCUGAGGAACAACCACGGCAUCUGUCCCCCCGAAGUCAUCAGGUUUCUCCUGGACUUGUUCAAGUACAACGACAAUUCCAAAAACAGGCAUUCGGAUAAUUAUUACCGCGCGGCGCUGGUGGAGGCUCUGGGGAACACGGUGACUCCCGUCGUGUCCGUCGUCUCGCAGGGGACGCCUAUUACGGCGGAGAAUUUAAGCGCCGAUACCAAGCUGAUACUCGAAGAGGUCACGAGGCUGCUCAAUUUGGAGAAAGCACUGCCUUGUUACAAGUAUACGGUUUCAGUGGCUUGCUUGCACGCUAUAAGGAAGUUGCAGAAGUUCGGACACUUGCCCAGCAGGCCAACUUUGUUUAAAAGUUACGCGGCGUAUGGACAUUUUAUAGACGUAAGGAUAGCCGCACUGGAGUGCCUGGUAGAUUUUGUCCGAGCCGACGGCAGAUGGGAAGACCUGCAGCAUGUCUUAGACAUCCUCGAAAACGAUCCCGAUCCAGGCCUCCGCCACAGGUUGGCCGCAUUGUUGAUUAAGAAUCCACCCUUUAAAAGAGCCCACAGAGGUCGACUCGACAUUCCCGAUCUUGUGGAGAGAAUAUGGACAAACAUAAACUGCAUGCUUUCUCACGAUACGAGGCUGCGUUGCGACCUGGUCGACGUUUACUACACCCUGUACGGUACGAAACGUCCCGUCUGUAUUCCGCUGCUGGAAUUGUCGGGGAUAAUGAAUCUGUCGAAGCACGAACCCAUGAAAAAAAUUAAACCCAUCCCGAAAUAUUCGACUGCCAUCGCAAACGAGGAUCUUAUGAAGACGACCAGGUCACCGACUCCAAAUAGGGAGGCGUCCCAGCAGAUCCUCUUGGAAGCCGUGGAGUGCAUGAACGUGGAGGUUGUCGCCAGCGAGGUGAAGCCAAAGGAGGAAGAAAUUAUGGACAUAAAAGUGGAAUCUCCAAAGAUACAGAAGCAGGAUUAUUUCUCUGAUAAUUCCGUUUCCCUGCCAGGCCUGGGACAGAGUGGUCCGAUAGGAUUUGAACCGGGCAUGUUUAAGAAAGAAGGAGACGGCAAACACAAGGUUGACCCGUCGGGGAAGAUUAAGAAGAAAAAGAAGGACAAGAAGAAACACAAGCAUAAACACAAACACAAACAUGAACACAAGCAUAACAAAGAUAAGAAGGAAAAGGACCCCAACAAGCUGAAAAUAAGGGAAGAAACCUUGAGCUCUACGAGUUCUACUCCCAGUCCCAAUCCGCUGUCGCUCGGUGGUGCAGAAACAAUUUAAUUUUAAAAUAUGAAAUUUUAUUAUGAAGUGUUAUUUUUUUAUUGUUAAAAAAAAAGCAACUGUAAAA